UAUGGCGACCCUGCCCAGGUCCUGAAACUGGAAUCUGAAGUCCCAGUUCCUGAUGUGAAAGAAGAUCAAGUUCUCGUCAAGGUUGUUGCUGCAGCGCUUAAUCCGUUGGAUUAUAAGAGAAUGGAGGGAGCUAUCAAAGCCACUGAUUCUUCUCCACCGACAGUUCCAGGUUACGAUGUUGCUGGCGUGGUGGUUGAACUCGGAAGCAAAGUGAAGAACCUACAAGUUGGAGAUGAAGUAUACGGGAAUAUUAACGAGGCA